UUUUAGUAGUUCAGUCGCAACCGAAUGGUGGGCGCGUCGAGUCGAUGAUAGUAAAAAGUUCGUCGUGAGUUUAUUCGACUUCUAUGAUCCGCCACUAUUCGUAUUUCUCUUUUUAUUCGUUAACAUAUUUCCCGGAAAAAAAUACUUGUCGAAAACAAUUGUUUCACGUGCUAAUAAUUAAUAUCUAUAUUCAAGGUUGCUUGUAACUCUCGUGAUAACAAGUUUCAUUAAAGACGAGCCACGUUCUGGUAGGCCAAGUGCAAUGGAUGAUGAAAUAAAAGAGUCCUUGAUAGAAGAUAAUCUUCACCGAAACCACAUUAGAUAUUGCAGAAUAGUUUCAAACGUCUGAAUCAAGAAAAUCGUUAAAAAUUAUUUGCAUAAAUUAGGUUAUGUAAAUCGAUAUGAUGAAAGGAGGAGAGAAAGAGAGAAGAUAUUUUGGGAUACUAUUAUACCGUGUUUUUUCGAGAAUGCCGAUACUUUCCGAUCUCUCACGACGAUUUCAUUUAUUGACGACCGACGCAAAACCUGAUCCACCACGAAUACCGAUCGAAGGUCACACGAAUAAUCUACGAUCAAAUAACGAAGAGAAAACAAAGAGGAAAUCUUUUUUGAGGCUGCCGAUAUCGAAGGAAGAAAGUGUUCCGUCAUUACAACGACAAAAGUCAGCACCAAGCGGUGGUACUACACCUAUUACUCCCACUGAUUUUCCUCCUAGAGGACGGAGAAGUCUUGGUAACGAAGCCAACGAUAACAACAAUGACAAUGGCGAUGAUUUACCUUCGAUGAAUGGCUUCAGGGAAUAUAAAAAACCGAACGUCAAGACGAGAACAAAGUCUCGAACGGCGAAGUCUUCACAAUCGGCGAACAUUAUCAAUUACAAUAUCGUUAAUUCGAAUGGAGUAAAAAUUGGAGCGAGGACUAGUUAUAUCUGUAACAUUAACAAUUUCUCAUCAAAUAAGUCUGCCCCGACGGAUACUAAUUAUUCAAAACCUAAAUCACGAUUAAUGCCGGAAAAUGUCGAAUUGUUGACUAGGUGUUACGAUGAAAUCACUUUUGAAGAUAUGUUCCUGAUCAAAACUCAUAUAGGUCAUGGUUGGAAAGAUGUUGCCAGGAGACUUUUUUAUUCAGACGGUCAAAUCGAACAGUUCGAAGAAAAUUAUCGAGAUAAAGGCAUAGACGAGGUAAUAUAUCAAUUGCUUCUAGAUUGGAAACAGGCUAACGCGAAAGACGCGCAUAUUGGAAAUAUAAUACAAGCCUUAUGGCUUUCUCAAGAGUAUGAUUGUGCAGAACGAUUAGCUAAUGCACGCACGAAAUGACCACAACAAAGUGAUAUGUGAUAUUUGUAAAUAUAAAAGCGAAGUUGUGUCGAAUAAGAAAGAAUUUAUUAGUAUAAUAUAUUUUUAUAUUAAUUUACAAUUCGACAUUAAUAUAAGUCUGACAUAAUGGAGAAAGUUUCAUCGAAGAUAUAUAUGUAUAAUAUAUUUGUAAUAUCUACCUAUGCUCAUAUAUUUUAUAGAUAUGUUCAGAUUUUUAUUUUUUCAAAGAUUAACGAGAUAUUUUUACUAAAAAAUCUCUAUGUUUUAUAAUUUACUGUAACAGUAAGUUAUCGUAAUUUUACCGGAUCUAUGAUCCAGUUACUUUAUUUUACUAAUGUUUUAUUGUAAAUAUUAUUAAUAAAGAGCUGUUUUAAACGAUA